AUGCAACCUAUAUAUUCUCCAUCAAAUGAGUCAGCAUUUAACUAUGCCUUUGCUCUAGCCAUAAGACAGCAUUUGGUUAGCAUUGAAUCUGAGUUAAAUGGAAGAAUUCCAGAAGGCGAUCAAACGACAGAUGCUAGUAUCAAAGCCCAAGAUACCGUAUAUUAUAUUCAGCAUGUAAAACAGGUUAUAUUCAAAAAGGUAUUGAUGCACUAUAGAGAAGAAGAUAUUAAGGUCAAUAGAACUAAUGGAAGCUUCGCUAAUUCUUUGGCGUAUAAUUUUGAAGAUUUGCUUUUGGGACCCAAGGUGAGUUCAUUUGACAUACCUAGCAAGUUGAAAACCAGAGAAAUCAUUGAAAAAAUAGAGCGUGAUACAAGCAAGGACAAGGUGCCUUUCUGGCUUGUUGCAGAGCGUGAAUCUGAAUUAGGGUCCAAGUUUGCGGUGCUAUUGAGAAACACCUUGAAAAUUCAAAAGAAGACAUUGUGGAAUGAGGAAUCCUCCUUAGAGAAUUUUGACAUAAUCUCAGUGUAUGCGGCUGAAUACCUUAGGGGUUUAGUAUCAAACUUGUCAGAUGUGUUGCAAAUGCCGCAAAGUUCGAUUAUGAAGCUUGAUGCUGUGGUUGAUGAAUUAAGAGAUGGUGCUUCGUACCCAACAUUGCCAUUGCAAGAACUUUACGAAGGCUUCAAAUCAAUGGUGAUAUCCUACAUUGAAUUGACCUCUUCUGAUAAAGUAGAUAAAGAGACAAAUAUUAACUUGAUUAAUACUCUCAGAGAACUAGGUAACAACCUAAUGUCUAGUCUGUCAUAUGCUCAGGCUAUACAAAUAUAUACAAAUGCUCUUAACUUAUGCUCACUAUCUACAGCAAAUAACAUUGCACAGCUAUUAACCAACAGAGCCAUAGCAUAUAUUGGUCUCAAUUGUUUUCCUGAAGCUAUAACUGAUUUAAACGAGGCAGUCAACUAUGAUAGAACAUUCACUAGUGCAUGGGUUCAAUUGGGUUAUUGUCAUCUAUAUAUGGGUACAAGUUUGGUUGCUUUGAAAUGUUACUUAACAUCGUUGAAGGCGGCAAUAGGUGAGAUCUUACCAGAGAACUUCCCGAUUGAUGAGAACAAAGAUUUCGUAGUUGAAUAUCAAGAAAAUAAGCUUGCAACCAUUUUGCCUCAAUUUGUGGAAAGAUUAAUUCAAGCAGUUAUUCUUACAGAAAAACGUGCUUAUCAGCAAAGAGAGCCAACUCUCGAAAUCAAGGCUGCUGUUAGCAACGUUCGCUCCAUUCUCGCCAAAUUAAGAGCUUCGGCAUCAAAUGAGGAUAUGCAAUAUUUCGCAUACUCAGCAAGCGCUGAAGACUCUGCAUUUAGACCUACAGCUGAAAGACUCAAUCGUACAAGGCCUAGCAUUCUCAAUCAAGAUGUUGCCCAAAAUAUGCUUGCCAAUAGUGGUGUUGAAGCGUCCGCCAUAACGCUCCCAGCCACCCCAAUCACCUCUUUCGAAAGAGUCACUAGAAACCGUGAUGCUACAAACGGACAGGCCGGUGCAACUGCUUCAAGACAACAAGGUCCACGUAAUGCUGCAUCCGGUAUGCGCGGAUUUCUUAACGAUUUUGGUGAUAUGUUUGAAGGAACCGGUCUGAUUUCUAUUGAUAUUCCAACCAACAAUACCCCGGGCCCUGAGAAUAGGUCCAGUGACGAUAAUAACGUCAGCCGUAAUCCAAAUGUAUCUUCCAGCACAGGCACAGGCAGUACUACUAAUGCAAGCGAGCCUCGUAAUCCACCUAUAAAUGGCAGAAAUGUUGUGCGUGAUGUUUUACGUGGAAUAAUGCCUGAGAACAUGGCCGGUAGCAUUGGCAACAUUCUUUCUCAAUCGUUUAACAGUCAAAAUGGCGAAGGCCACAUUGUUUUUGGGACACAAGACUUGAACUCUGGCCAAGCUUCAAGAUCUGAGAAUGCUGCCCCGGCUGAGAAUAACACUCAACAAAGAGGCAAUUCUGCUCCUCGUUCUGAUGAAGAUACAGAUAUGCCAGAGUUCUCAAAUCUUGAUUAG